UUAAAAUUUAAGGAGUUUAAAUUUUGCUACAAGUACAAAGUUAUACUUAUUAAGUUUCAAAUAAAUUUUGUCAAUAUGAAUUCUCAUCAGAAAAACAAGACCUUGGAUGAGCUGGUGGGAGAAUUGUUCUUAACAGAAGAUCCAACAAAUGUUAUAGAUGUAGAAAUGAAAAGUCCAAUACAUAUUGAGUCACAGGUUCUUGCUACUGGAGAUUUCAAAUCUGAUCUACAAGACAUAGGAGCAACUUUUUUCAACCCAUCAACAACAAAACCAAUGCAACUUUCCCAACACGAAUACGAUUACAUAAAUAUGUUGGAAAAUGAAAAAGAAGGGGAAACAUAUCAAAAAUCAUUGAAAAACCAGAUGGUAACAGAACAAAACCAACUACUGGAUGCUUUUUCAAUUGAUGGCUUAGAAAAAGAAGAAUAUUAUCCUGAACGUGAACCAAAGCAAGAGUCAGUUUUGGAAUCCUGCGAAGAAGUGAUUCGUGGAGAUAAUGACAUUUUAAAAAAUAAUUUUACUUACAAUUUUCAACGUGCAUCUGGUGGAAAAUGUAAAGUAAUAAAAAAACUUCUAGAUAAUGGGGAAACUGUAUACAGAUUUGUGGAUAUUAAUAUGGAAAAACGUAUUGUUGAACACCUCUGGUUUAAGGAAAGUGAAUAUAUAGGAAAAACCACUUAUGACAUAAAAACUGGACAACAAAUUUAAUAACAAAAUACGUGACUGACAAAAUAAACAUAUAAUAAAUUAAA